AUGAGUACUUCUCCAUGCACACAUGCCUUACCUCUUUCAACCCUCUUUUUUGUUCUCAUUGCGGUGAUUCUGAUCUCGAGAUCUCAAGCUCGAACCUUAAGGCCUUUCAACAAUUCAAUUUCGGCUGUUUUUAUAUUUGGAGACUCGACGGUUGAUCCAGGAAACAAUAACUACAUAGGCACUCCUUUUAAGAGCAAUUUUCCACCCUAUGGGAGAGAUUUUGUCAAUCACACUCCAACCGGAAGGUUUUGCAAUGGGCGUCUCGUGACUGAUUUUAUCGCUUCAUACGUAGGUGUCAAAGACUAUGUACCACCAUAUUUGGACCCAACGCUUAGCAUCGAGGAGCUGAUGACUGGAGUUAGUUUUGCCUCAGCUGGCUCUGGGUUCGACCCAUUGACACCGAUGAUUGGCGGUGUAAUUCCAAUGUCUGAGCAACUGGAAUACUUCAGAGAGUAUAAAAGCAAACUGGAGCUAGCUAUUGGAAAGAGAGGAACCAAAAACCUCAUUAACAAGGCUGGGUUCAUUGUUAGCGCCGGUACAAACGAUUUUGUGGUCAAUUAUUUUGGCACACCGAUUCGUCGGCAAAGCUACACUGUCUCUGGCUACCAGCAAUUUUUGAUGCAACAUGUCCAACAGUUCAUACAGGUCUGUCCCCUAUUACUGUCUUUAUCAAAGAGAUAA